CCAUGAAUGUUGCAUCUCUAGCCAAUAGUUAUUUAAUUUAGGUUGUAAAUUUUACGCCGUAAAUAGUUUUUAACAAUAAAUGAUGUCCCAACUAACAUUGCGCUGGCUGACCAAAACCAAGUUGCAGCCAAUGGCAGCAGCAUCAACAGCCAUACAGAAAACGCAGCUGUUUCACACAUCACCGGCUUGCAUGGAGAUACGGAAACUGGCUCGGCUCCGUGUGGUGGACAACAGUGAUCUGGGCAAACGAGCAAUGGCCGAAGGCAGACCACCUCGUUGCAUUCAUGUGUACAAUAAACGUGGUGUAGGUCUCAUUGGGGAUAAAGUCCUAGUCGCUAUCAAGGGACAGAUGAAAAAAGGAAUUCUAGUGGGACUUAAGCAGAAUCAGCCCAGCAAACAGCCGAAAUUUGACAGCAAUAAUCUGGUUCUAAUUGACGAUAACGGUUCGCCGUUGGGCACCAGGAUUCAUGUACCCAUACCCAGCAUAUUAAGGACCAUACUCAAGGAGAAGACUUUGGCCAAAGGCGCGGAUUACACCAAAGUUUUGGCCAUAGCUAGUCGUUUUGUAUGAUUGUUCCAAUGCCUAACUAAUGAUUAUAAAAAAUAAAGAUGAAGGGUUUUGCCUCUGUUGUUGUUAUAGUA